CUCUCUUCCUCCUUAUGAUGUUUACAUUCUCUCCUGUAUCUAUGUCCUCUCUCGCUCUCUCUCACGCUCUCUCUCUCGCACUCUCUCUUUCUUGCGCUCUCUCUUUCUCGCUCUCUCGCUCUCUGUCUCUCUCUGUUUAUCUCUCUCUGUCUCUGUUUGUCUCUCUCUCUCUCUCUCUGUCUCUCAAUCUCUCUUUCUCUUUUCUUUCUCUCUCCUCUGCCUCCCCCUCCCUCUCUAUAGGUAGGUGCUGUGCCAGUCUGGAGAUGCCCAAGGCCCUGAUGAAGAUGGGCCUGAGUAUGGUGCUUGUAGGACACGUCAACUUCCUGCUGGGGGCGCUAGUCCAUGGGGCUGUGCUGCGACACAUCAACCUGAACGCACGGACACGCACCGUGGCAUACUCCAUAUCUAAUGUAGUGGCACUCACUACCGGACUAGUGGGUGUUGUUGUAGGAAUCCUUGCCAUCAUCCUGUCUAAAAACAAGAAGAGCAGAGUGCUGACAUGGUCGUUGUUCGUGGUCAGCCUGUUAGGUAGUCUCCUGGCCACGGCGUCUGCGAUUGGCCUCACCGUUUCUGUGGUGAGGGCCACAGUUAACGGUGGGCAGAGCCUCCUGGCUCACUGCCGGUUCCCCAACGCUAUUGGCUAUGCCAGCAUCACUAACGAGUGCCCUUUCGACCCCACACGCGUUUAUAGCAUGACGCUGAUCCUGUGGGUUCCUCUGAUCGUGACCUGUAUUGUCCAGCUGGUUUUCUCAGCGUGGUGUUUCUCUGUGUGUGUAUCUUUCCUGGGUCUACCCUGCUUCCCUCACAAAAUCAGGCUCAGGGACCACGGUAGAACGAUAAACACAGUAGCACCCACAGAGCCGCCCUCUCUCACUAGCUCAGUACCCGCUCAUCCCCUUCAUCUACACCUUCUUCAGUCGGUCCCGUCUCAUCUCAGGUCCCAGCGGCAGCCUCUUCCUCCUCAUCUUCAUCACUCAGACCCGUCUCAUCUCAAGUUCCAGCGGCAGCCUCUUCCUACUCUUCCUCCUCUUCAUCACUCGAACCCGUCUCAUCUCAAGUCCCAGCGGCAGCCUCUUCCUCCUCCUCAUCUUCAUCACUCAGACCCGUCUCAUCUCAAGUCCCAGCGGCAGCCUCUUCCUACUCUUCCUCCUCUUCAUCACUCGAACCCGUCUCAUCUCAAGUCCCAGCGGCAGCCUCUUCCUCCUCCUCAUCUUCAUCACUCGAACCCGUCUCAUCUCAAGUCUCAGCGGCAGCCUCUUCCUACUCUUCCUCCUCUUCAUCACUCGAACCCGUCUCAUCUCAAGUCCCAGCGGCAGCCUCUUCCUCCUCCUCAUCUUCAUCACUCGAACCCAUCUCAUCUCAAGUCUCAGCGGCAGCCUCUUCCUCCUCCUCAUCUUCAUCACUCGAACCCGUCUCAUCUCAAGUCCCAGCGGCAGCCUCUUCCUCCUCCUCAUCUUCAUCACUCGAACCCGUCUCAUCUCAAGUCCCAGCGGCAGCCUCUUCGUCCUCAGCAUCAGAAUCAGAGAGGAAGGUCAGACAGGCGGUCUGACGGGUGGCAGCUGGUAGCCCCAGAGGAACAUGAGCUGCUGGAACAAGGUUCCCAGCAGAGACCCAGCUUCUGGAUAUAAUGACGAUGGACACCCAGAUACGGCUCCAUACCCCGUCUAUAUAAUCCCUAACCCAGAUACGGCUCCAUACCCCGUCUAUAUAAUCCUUAACCCAGAUACGGCUCCAUACCCCGUCUAUAUAAUCCCUAACCCAGAUACGGCUCCAUACCCCGUCUAUAUAAUCCCUAACCCAGAUACGGCUCCAUACCCCGUCUAUAUAAUCCCUAACCCAGAUACGGCUCCAUACCCCGUCUAUAUAAUCCCUAACCCAGAUACGGCUCCAUACCCCGUCUAUAUAAUCCCUAACCCAGAUACGGCUCCAUACCCCCGUCUAUAUAAUCCCUAACCCAGAUACGGCUCCAUACCCCAUCUAUAUAAUCCCUAACCCAGAUACCGCUCCAUAUCCCACCAAUAUAACCCUUAACCUAGAUUCCAACAUUUUUACUUCGAUACCAGGUUGAGUAUCACGAUAGUCGAUUCCAAAAAGAUACCAGAACAAAACAAAGGCAUAUUAGCCGAAGUUACAGAAUGACACUUGAGCCAGACAGAUAAACUCAGCUAUUGCUCUGUUCAUUCGGCAUGUUUUGAGUUCAAUACUACUAAAUACAAAAAAAAUGCAGAUGGCCAUGUACGCAUUUAUGAAUCAGACCUUACUUGAUCCUCUCAAUCACGUGAGACACAUUUGACCGAACAUACCAUUUGACCGAACAUACCAUUUGACCGAACAUACCAUUUGACCGAACAUACCAUUUUCUUUUUGACAGAACCAGGUUAUUUUUUCUCUAAAAAGUACAGAUGUUUUGGUUUACUGUGCAACACUACACACACACCUACCUCCGUCUACAAAACCCAUACCCCAGCCCUCAAACCCCUCAUAGACCCCUUCCCCCAGCCUUAAAAUAUCACACACACACCUACUCCCAUUUACAUAUUUUUAAUACUAAAUGUAAAAUCAGAUCUUCAACCAAAAUC